UCACUCACAGUGUGUGAUGCGUGCAGUUGUGAAGCGGAUUUCUCAGCACUGACAUGUGCCAUGGGUGAGCACAGGGUUUCAAACAGUUUUUAAAAUCUGCUUAAGAUUUAUACACGAAAUGCGACUGACACGGAAACUGUGGACUAUUUGCACCAUAAGCAUUUUGCUGAUAUUUUAUAAGACGACUGAAAUUGGCAAAAGUGAACAUCAGGAAGCUGUAUUGUCUGGGAACUUUGAUUCAAGUGCUACAAGGCUGAUGGGUGUUGGUGAUCUGAUAAAUGGUGAAAAGUGGAAAAUUAAUGUCACUGUUGUGAACAUUAUAAGGAAGGACAUUCUUCGUUUCUUGGAUGCGGAGAGAGACGUGUCUGUUAUCAAGAGCAAUUUCAAACCAGGUGAUAUAAUCCACUAUGUUCUGGAAAGAAGGAGAACAUUUAAUGUGACUCACACCCUACACAGUUUACUUCCUGAAGUUUCUCCGCUGAAGAACAAAAAGUUCAAAACAUGCGCCGUGGUGGGAAACUCUGGCAUUCUCCUCAAGAGCAGAUGCGGAAAGGAAAUAGACAACCAUGACUUUGUUAUCCGAUGUAAUCUCGCUCCUCUAGAAGAAUUUUCAGAUGAUGUGGGUUUAAAAUCAGACUUCACCACCAUGAACCCCUCAGUUAUUCAGCGGGUGUAUGGGGGCCUGCAUAACAAAACGGCACAGGAACAUUUCAUCCAGCGUUUACGCCAGCUCAAUGACAGCGUGCUUUGGAUACCUGCCUUCAUGGUAAAGGGCAGCGAGAAGCACGUUGAGGGUGUGAAUGAACUCAUUCUUAAAAACAAACUGAAAGUGCGCACAGCCUAUCCCUCACUUCGUCUCAUCCAUGCUGUACGAGGAUACUGGCUCACAAACAAGAUCAAGAUCAAAAGACCGAGCACUGGAUUACUGAUGUACACAAUGUUUACACGCUUCUGUGACGAAAUCCACCUUUAUGGAUUUUGGCCUUUUCCCAAAGACGGCAACGGGAAUCCUGUUAAAUAUCAUUACUAUGACACACUGAAAUAUCACUAUUUCUCCAAUGCAGGUCCUCACCGUAUGCCACUGGAGUUCAGGACUCUUAGAACACUGCAUAACAAAGGUGCACUGAAACUGACCACGACUAAAUGUGAACAACAUUAAAGUACAGUGUACGGACAUUUUUGCACUCUAAUGUAGCGUGCUCACCAAAGCGUUUACGCCGGUGACCGGCAUAUGUUUUUAUUUGUUUUCAAUGGAAGUGCGGCGCUUUUCAAAAAAGCCAGCAGCUGGCGGGUUUUGUCCAGUUUUUCCGCCCUGACCGCACUUUCUGCCAACUUUGGGUGAAAAGCGAAGCUCGCAGUGGUUGAGGGCCAGGACAAAUAUCACAACAACUAACCAGCACAUCGUUCAACGACUGAUAAACAAAGCAGAAAUUUCAUAGCAACCAAAGGGCUUAGCUGAAAAAAGCUGGCAAGUGCCUAAAGUCUGCUUGGGGUUUUAGCUGCGUUUAAAUGCUUUGGUGUGUACCCCCCUUAGGCCGUGUGUCUGAAAAUGACAGGUGCUCUUCUGACAACGCCAACUGUGGCUCUUUUCUCAACUGAGCCAUUUUUGUUGAUCUAAUAUGGAGUGUGGUACUAGUAUCUGAUUUCACAGAUAAAUUAAUAUCUCAUUCAUAAUA